CCAAACAUUUUUAACGCCCCAAAACUGUUUUCCUCCUCAGGCAGCAGUCGGCAGGCUGAAUCCCGGAUGGCGGACAACGGCUAAUGAAGAUGAAGUGAUAGCCAGCCGGAAUUGUGUUCCAGUCGAAAUUAAAUAGAAUAUAAAUCGCUGGGAAAAUGGCGGUGAUUUGUCAGCAUCCAUCGAGCGGAACCAAUGCAAAGUAGUUAGUCGGCCCAACUAGAGUCACACUACGGAAAAGGGACACCUCCAAGGAUAUUCGCCCUUUGGCCUCCUUUUUUAUUUGGCUGUGCGGCAAUUUCACGCAUCGCGACAGGAUGAUGAUGAUGGCAGGCGCUAAUCAGGCCGCCACCAGCCACGCCCCUCAGUUAUUCCGCAAACACAUUUUCAAAUAGGUUUCCCGAGGAGAACCAGCAAGGAGCACAGGAGCAGGGGGAGACGCCACGCCCACUCGCUCGCCAGUGAAAUAUUAUGGCAACUUUUCAAAUGGAAAUGCGCCAGCAGCAGCAGCAGCAGCAGCAGCAGCGACAGCAACGAACGAAUUUAAAGCAACGAGCCACAUGCAAAGUUAGGCGGCAACGACAACAACGAGAGCUGGCGCCCUCGGACCCACCAGAAAUCAGCGCACACUGCACCCGGCUCUGGCCAGGCUGCUGUCCCAGCUCCACCGCCGGAAUCGGAGGCAAUCCACUCACUAGCAGCAGCAGUAGCAGAAGCAGCAACACCAGCGGACUUAGUGGCACCAUUGGCGCGCACUUGGACUGCAGCGGCUGCCAAAGAACGCUGAUAAUGCUCAGCAUGCUCGUCGUUGUCAUCGUCCUGAUAUCCGGCAAUGGAGUUUACGCCGCCCAGCGUGACUCGUACAAAUCAAAGGAUAUGAGCAGCAGUAACAAUGCCAUACCAAACACUGAGGCUGGAGGAGGAGGAGGAUCUGCUGAGCAGGCAGCUGCUCCCACUGGUGUCGCCGGAAGCGGAAGCAGCAACAAUGCCACCGGAAAUAACAAAAAUAGCCAGGCAGCCAUCGGAUCAGGCUCAUCCUCUGCCUCAUCAUCAUCGUCCUCGUCCUUGUCCGCCGCCGAAUCCAAUUCAAUGACGACCGAUGCCAGCAGGAGCUCCAUCGGCAGUUCGACUACAAUCGUUGGCAUUCCCAGCAGCAGCCUGCACAAGGCCAGCAGCAGCAGCAGCUUUGGCAGCAGCAACACGUUCCCGUCGCAGAUGGCAUCCGGCAUCAAUCGCAACAGCAUCGAUCUGCUGGAGGAGGCCCGCAAUGCGGGUCCCUACUUCGACCAGGCCUUCUCCAAGAACGUCACCGCCCUGCUGGGCAAGACGGCCUAUUUAAACUGUCGCGUCAAGAACCUGGGCAACAAAACGAUGUUGCUUCAGGUGUCCUGGGUGCGGCACCGGGACAUCCAUUUGCUGACUGUUGGCCGAUACACGUACACCUCGGAUCAGCGCUUUCGGGCCAUUCAUCAGCCGCAAACCGAAGACUGGAUGCUGCAGAUCAAGUACCCGCAACAUCGCGACUCUGGGAUCUACGAGUGCCAGGUGUCGACCACACCCCACAUGAGUCACUACAUUCACCUGAAUGUUGUUGAACCUUCAACGGAAAUUAUCGGGGCUCCCGAUUUGUAUAUAGAAAGCGGUUCAACUAUAAAUCUCACCUGUGUCAUACUCAACUCACCGGAGCCGCCGGCCUAUAUCUUCUGGAAUCAUAAUAAUGCUUUUCCCUCUCAUCCGCAGAUUAUCAACUAUGAUUCGCCGCGCGGCGGCGUGUCGGUGGUCACCAAUAAGGGCGAUACGACCACGUCGUUCCUUCUAAUUAAAUCGGCGCGUCCCUCGGACUCGGGGCAUUAUCAGUGUAAUCCAUCAAAUGCAAAGCCCAAAAGCGUUACCGUACAUGUGCUCAAUGGUGUUUCCCACUCCGUUUCCAGGGGAGUUCCCAGCAGCAAUGCAGCACGCGGCACCAGCGCAUCCUCGCCCCUCGCCCACUCGCUGUCUGUUUGUGUACCUGUGUGUGUGCUUCUUCAGCUGGGCGCUUGCCGGUGGAUCGCUGCGCUGCUGGGCACCGCUCUUUCCACGCCCCUGCUCUCGCCGGCCAGGCGGAGGAGCCGGGAGGCUCGAGGAGCAUCAGGAGAAGCGUCGUCAGGACAUGCGCUGCAACACAUCCUCGCUAGCGUUUUGAGACUCCAGCGCUGGCGAUGGCAAUGGCGGUGGUCUGGUCGCUGGCACUGGCUGAGGAUACUAGGACAGUGGAGGCAGCAGGAGCGGGAGCAGGAGAACUUUCGCCUGUCCUGGCAGCAACUGAAACUACAAUCAAGAACGGAGACGGCAACGUGUAGGCAACUCUUCGAGACGGACAUCAGGUGAACUCACCCACUGCUGGCUGCCACGCCCUCGAGGCCACUCUUAACUCAACCGUAAGCUGUAACUAUAAUAACUAUAAAGCGUAUACAUAUAAACCAUAACUUUACUGGCUACUGCGUUUUCUAUGAAUCAGCGACGUAUACGUAAUAUUUAGCACAAAAACCAAAACGAAAGAAACGUAAAGUAUGAAAUAUGAUACCUAUACCUAUGCUAGAGAUAAUGUCAAGAUCAAGAUCGAAAUCAAGCCAAGUUGUCGCCUUUUUUAUGUACGACUUUGUAUCAUACAAUGAAGCUAUCUAAGUCCUUGGUUCCCCGUUCCCCCUAGAUUUGGAAAUUGUGUAAAUAGGCUGCAUAGCAUACCUAGAGGCGCUUUUUCAAUCGACUCUUUCCGACCUUCGAUACUAUUUUAUAGCUGAAAACUUAACCGAAACCAACCUUUCAAAAUAGGCUAAUGAAACGAAAAAAGAAAACAAAAUACAGUAAUAUAUUUUCCAGAACAGGAAACGCUUCUCGACUGCCACUUUGUGACUGUUCCCCCGAAGGCAAAGCGAAAUUCUCAUUUGCAUUUUGCGAAAUCCUAAUAGACAGAUAAAUAUUCAACCGAAAGGCAAUUAGCAGAACGCAAAACUAAAAAAAAAAAAUUCAACUUCAAGUACAGGCUAAAAGCAGAAACAGAAAUUAAAAC